CUAAGAUGGCGGACCCAACUGACAGUUUUUAAACUUGAAAAUUUAAUAUCGUGUUUUUUACCUAUUGGCGUUGUAUUUAAUCAUGUUAAACACAAGGGACAUUUAACUUCAGCAAUACUAGAUGAUGACUUCGUGUAAUUGUCAUCUUUAAAACAUUAGGAGCUUGUUAUUGGGAAAGCAAUUCGCAAUUAGCACUUUUUCAGGGCGAUCAAUAACCAACGCUUCAUGUCAAUACGAAUCAACAGAAAACUAUCUUACAAUUUGGAAUGGAGGAGAAUGUACAACAAGGAUUAACAAAUCAUGAAGCCCUUAGAAACCUGAAGAAUGAAUUGUCAAAAGAAAUAGAGCAACAUGAAGAAAAGGAGAAACAACAAUCAUUUGGAUCCCAGUUUGAGUCACUUAAUAUUUCUAAGAUUGAGUCCACUUUCCAUUGGAGUGGAUGCUUCAUUGUAGCAACAAUUGCUGUAUUGUUGCUGGUAACUUUUGGAAUAAGUACACAGGGCGCUGACAAUGGAUUUGGAUGGUACAAAGUUGAAUUUGUUGUAUGUGUUUUUACCAUUGUUAUAAACAUUUGGUUUUCUGUGUGGAACACUCGACUUCGUAAAAGGGAAUUCAUCUGUUUAUCAAAACUAGUGCUCAAGCAGAUAGAAGAAUGCCUAUCCAAAACAAGCUGGAGUAUAACAGAUUUCCCACCAGUUCAUUCACCAAUCUCACCAUGCAUUUCCUUACAAUGGACAAUCAGAGAUGGAAAGAAUACAAAUGUUCCCAUUCCUCUCUUGGUCAAAGGGGACAUAAUCCUGCUAAGGCCAGGACAAAGAGUUCCAGCAAAAUGUGUGAUAUUGAGAGAGAACUCAGUUGGGGACAAGAUUUUGAUGGAGGGGGAUAUUUACGUACAAGAGAAGGAAACUGAGAAGAGGAGGCUAAGUGCAGAUGCACCCCAGAGUAAAACACCAGUAUCUGUGACUCAUUUUAAGCUGCUUGAGACUGCUUAUGUUUCACAACUCAGGAAAAUAUUGAGUAAUAAAGUGAAGCAUCCCGUAAGCUCAACAGAAAAUGAAAGAUACAACAUUGCUUGUGUUUGGCUGGAGAGGAGACUACUGCCAUUUGUUGCUAUUUUACUUGUGGUGGUGAAUGUCCUGAGAACCAUGUACAUUCCAGGACACGUCGGACAUUGGGCGGAGACAGUCAUCAUAUUACCUAUAAAUGCUAUUUUACCUCUAACACCCCUUUUUCUGCCAAUUAUCUGGAGAAUGGUGAAUUACUAUGGUCAAGCUAGAGUGUAUGCUGCGUUCACAGUUGCCAAGGACAAAAAGGUGCUUUGUGAGGACAGUUUUAGCAGUGACAGUGACAUAUCAGAAGAUGAAGCUAAGGUUGACAUACAGCUGGGACAGAUCUUAAACCUGUACUGGGACAUAGCUAAUGGUCAAGGCUCCGUAAUCACUCGACAAGUCAACAUCGCUCAGACUCUAGGCUCUGUGUCGUCAUUUUGUUGUGUGGAUAAAAAAGGAAUCCUCUCAUGGCCAAAUCCCUCUGCAGAAAAGAUAUGUUUUCUGACCCCAGAAUCUCAGAGAGAGGCUGCCAAUGAGGAGGAGGAUCAAGGAUUUUCUAAUUCCUGUGACAAAAUUAACCACCCUCAAGAGGGAACUGAAAAACACACAACACAUGGAGCAUCUAGCAGUGUAGAAGUUCUUGAUCUCACUCAUGCUGCCAUGAAUGCCUUUGAGUUGCAGUUUGAUGAUCCAGGUUGGAUGAAGUAUAUGUCAUCCCUGAAGCCUUUGGGUCUAAAUAUUUUGGCCAACACUUGCAAUGAGAAGACAAUGGACUGGUACACUAAAUUUACUGACCAUGUGGCAUCUGAGGCACUUGCCAAUGAAGACACAGUGGCUGUGGUUAAUAGAAGGUGCCUGUGUGAGUUAGCCCGACAAAUUGGUUUCACUGAGAAAGCAUUGGAUGGAUUUUUGUUGGACAGAAUUCUUGGCCUGUAUAGGCAGGUGUCAUCAGAGGAAUCGGCCAAAGCUAAAGUACACCGAGCUAAGUCUUUUGUACAUCAUCAGAUUCCUAUGCCAAACAUGUUCUCCGUGGUGAUGAAGGAAAAGAUGUCAGGAUCCAGUCAGAUUUUUUCCCAGGGAACUGGGGAUAUCCUGAUGGACUGCUGUAGUGACUAUUGGAAUGGGGAAGAUGUCUGUCCUCUAACUGAAAAUGACAGGAAGAAGAUGUUGGAUUUCUAUCACAGAUCCAGCAUGGCUGCCUAUUGUACAGCAUUUAGUUAUCGACCUUUGACCCAGUACAUAUCACCGCAACUCUGUGAGAACUUCAUACAGCUACCUCAGUAUUGGUCCAGCAUGCUGGAGCGAACCUCUGUCUCAGUGAGCUCAGAUGCUGAUAUCCAAUUUGAUUCUCAGUUAUGGAAGGAUUCCCGGGCCUUCAGUAUGGACUCUCUGUUUGACAACACCAGUACCUCCUCAGUAGAAGACACCAUUGGUUGUUGUCAGGCCCAGAGUAAUCAAGUGUUUAUUGGGAUGGUCACAAUGCAAUAUCAGGCUAGGCAGGAUUUUGUUCAGCUCAUUGACAAAUUAGAAAUUGCCUGCAUCAGAUUUGUUCAUUUUUCACAAGAAAAUGAAGUUAGAAGCAGAGUAUUUUCAGAAAAGAUGGGAUUGGAGGCAGGCUGGAACUGCCACAUUUCCCUGAGGUCAGAUUUGGGGAUGGGAACAGCCCCUACCAGUGCUUCAGUCUCGCAGGUCGAACUUAGCAACCGGUAUUCCAGUCGUCACUCUUCUGACACUGCCGCCAAGGAAACCAAUGCCUGUGCCAGACUUUUUCAGUCACAGGAAUCCAUUAGAUCUCGAAGCUACAGUGCACCGAGUAUUGUCAAUCUCGACUCCUCUCAAGUCCGAUUUCAAAUGUCUGACAAUGGUAAUAAUAAGCAACGACAGCGUUUUCUAAGUGAACAUCAAUGUGAGCCUAUAGUUCCUACAGACACUCAGAACCAGGGGAGUCCAGAGAUUUUUGAAAGUGAAACCACUCCACUGAAUUAUGAAGGAGAAGGAGAGGAGAUUAUUUUAAAGUCCUAUGAGUGGACCAAUCAGACUUCAGAUAACAUGGGGAGUGGGAGUAGAAAUGCUUCUAGUUACCUGACUGAUGACAGCUUAACUGGUGCACUUGAUAAUAGGGCUAGACUACCAAGAGGAAUAGAGAAUAUUCGACCACACCUGGAGAAUGUAGACAAUGUACCUCUGUUAGUGAAUCUCUUCACAGACUGUACCGCUGAAACCACUCGUGAGAUGAUGGAGAUCAUGCAGGAACACGGAGAGGUGGUGGUGUGUACUGGGAGUAAUCUCAACAUUGAAAAUGUCGAUCUCUUUCUACAGGGGGACUGCAGUUUGGCAGUAGAACCCUUGUACCCAGUGGUGUGUGCCAAGAAUGCCUCCAUGAUGAACCAAAGUGGGGAUAACUCCCUAACCCCCAUGGCUAUAGCUGCCUCCCUCAUCAGCCUUCCUUGCCCCCUCAUUUACAAGUACAGAGACAAUGUUGGAGUUAUCCAGCUCAUUACAGAAGCUCGGACAUUUUUGUUGUCUCUGAAGAACACCUUUUACCUGAUGUUGUGUUACCACCUGUCUGUAACCCUGAUACAGGUCUUUGCCUCCCUCCUCCUCCUACCCCCAGUCCUGGCCCCACAGCACCUGCUGUGGCUUCUCAUUUUCAUCAUCCCCCUCCUUAGUCUUAGUAUGAUGGGGAAUGCAGUAGAUUUCAGAAUAAUGAACAAUGCCACUGUCAAAUAUCCAAAGACUAUAACUAAAGAGAUGAUACUCCAGUUUCUCUGUUAUUACUGUUUGAGAUUCCUACCAGCCAUUAUUGUGUGCUUGUUUUGCUACACAUUUACCCUCCAUUCAUUCUGUGAGAGUGUUCCACCCAACUUUCCAUAUUCUUGUGCAAUAUUUAGUUUUAGCCCCCAGAAUGGUACUAUAACUUGGUAUGAGAAGUACUCAGGAGGUCUUAUAGUGGCUCAAAAUAUACUCCUCUUCCUAUUGGUUUUAUUCUUUGCUACAAUAUCAGUGAGCUUUGUUCAUUGGUCUGACCAACUCUGGCAGCAGUGUCCUACAAGUAACAAAAUGUGGAGUGUGGCCGUCCUUACUGUGUUGUUGCUGCAGUGUGUAUUCUUUGCCUGUGAUAUUGUCAUCAGAAGUAAUGGUGUGCCCUUCACUCUGUCCCUAGGGGAUGUACAUCCAGCGGUGUAUGGGACAGGUCUCCCCUUCCCCCUAAUUAUUAUUGUGAUUAAUGAACUAGUAAAGAGGAGGGAAGUCAAAUUAUACUCAAGAUACCAGAAGAGAAGAAGACUAAGUUUUGGAACAAAAUUAGGAAUGAACUCUCCAUUUUAAUGAGUGAAGACUUUUUUAUUGAUAUUGUGAACAGUUUUGGUGCAAUGAUUGCUUUGUAAUGUGGAUUAAUGGUUCAGUGUAUGAAUGUUGUAAAUGUGCUUAGAAUUUAUUAUAAAGUUUGGCACUAACCAAAGAGUUGUAUCCUUGACAGAUAUAUUUUUUUAAUGUUUUCAAAUGCCAAAUUAAUUUGUUUGAGAAAAAAAAAAUAUUGAGCUUGUUAUACAAUUUAUUCUAAAAAUAUGUCCUUGUUGGCUCUAUAUAUUUUUAUUAUGGAGGACUUUUAAGUAGCUUGAUUUAAUAACUUGUCCAUGUGAAUGUUCUGUAAGCUUGACAAUUUGUUUCCAAGACUGAAAGCUGAACAAUCAGAAAUGAUAACUCUAUUGAACAAUCUUAAAUU